ACUUUCGAUUGGAGUUAAGUCUCUUCAGUAUAAGUAAAAUCUACUUGUCAAAUUUAUUACAAGUAUCUAAAAUUUAAAAAAUUAUGAACAAAUAUUAACUUUUAAAGACUAUUAGCAUUCCAUAAGGGGUUAAAUUAUUAAUUCCAGCAGUCUCUUACCCCAUAUUUUAACCUUUCUGGUCUUUUAAACAAGUAAUUUGCCGGAAAUUAGCUUGAUUUUCGUCUUUGUGAAUAAGAUCGGUUAUUUCAAUAAAACGUUAGCGACGUGUUGUUAACAGGCGGGCACGUUGAUGAUUAGGUACAGAGUAAGUUUUGUACUUACGUUUUUAUGACUACUAUGCCUGUUAUUAAGGACAAAGUUGCUUUGAUCAGCGGUGCUAGCUCUGGGAUUGGAGCUGGAACAGCCGUUCACUUUGCAUCACUAGGAUGUUGGUUAGCUCUGACAGGAAGAAAUGAGGAAAACCUAAAGAAAACUGCUGACCGAUGUAAAGAGGCUGGAUUGCCUGAUGACAAGGUCUUUCUUGCACCUGCUGAUUUGUCAAAUGAAGAGGAUGCCAAGAAUGUUGUUAAAUCAACUAUCGAGCAUUAUGGGAGAUUGGAUAUCUUGGUUAACAGUGCAGGAAUCUUGAUUCCAGGUUCUACAGAAAACACAUCUCUAUCAGAUUUUGACAUUCAAAUGAACAUUAACUUACGAUCUGUGUUUCACGUAAUGCAGCUCUCUAUUCCUCACCUUAUAAAAACGAAAGGGAACAUAGUUAAUGUUUCAAGUGUGACAGGAAUCAGAGCGUUUCCAGGUGUGGUUGUAUACAACAUGAGUAAAGCAGCUUUAGACCAGCUGACUCGGACAGCUGCUCUGGAGUUGGCAGCACAGCAAGUUAGAGUGAAUGCAGUGAAGUCUGAAGAACAAUAUGAAAAGUUUUUAGAACAUAGCAAGACUACCCAUGCAAUGGGACGUGUUGGCACCGUUGAUGAGGUGGCGAGAUCUAUAGCAUUUCUAGCUUCCGAUGAUGCUUCUUUCAUAACGGGACAGACGCUUGCUAUUGAUGGAGGCCGAAGCGUCAUGUGUCCUCGUUAAGACCAAGCCGUAGAAAGUGACCUCUUGAGACUGGUGUGGAUAAAUAUUUUUCAUCUGUUUAAUUUAGGAGUCUGAUAUGCUUGAUAAUGUGACACGUAUAUAUAAGUAGAAAUAUUCCUAAAUUGAUGAAACUUAGUUUAUUCCUAUGAUGAUACAGUAAUAUUUUGUAUAUUAAUAUAAAACUAUUAAGCCUUCAUAACACUGUUCUGUGUAAUAUUUUACACAAGUUUAUUUCUCAACUAUGGUAUAUAAAUCACUACCUUUUGAGUUAUUUUUAAAGAAACGUAACCUUUCUUCAGACUACUUUUUGAAAAAAAAUGUCUACAAUAAGAAUAUUCUCUCUGUCAUCUUAUUCGUAACAGAUGAAUACAAGAUGUUUCAGAAAGUUGUAUUUUUGUGUGGCUUGGAAGAAAUUAAAAGUAUUGGAAAAUAUAGUAUGUUCUAUGUUA